GAUGGAACACUUAUCUUUGGCUUAACAUAUGCCUCCAAACCAAACAAAACGAUAUGGAACCAACCAAUAACAACCAUACAAACAAACCCAAAAAAAUUAACAAAAAUGGAAACAAAUCAUCACAAGCAGUGAAUGAACAAAUCAAUAACAGUUGCACAGAGUAGUAGUAGUAGUAAGUAGUAAUGGUUUUAGUAACAACAACAAUAACACUUUCUUGUUCCUCUUUACUACAUUGUUCCACAACCAGAACCAGAUACGUGGUCGUUCGAUGCACUCGUAGCAGCAGCAACGUUGUUCAAGAUAUAGAUGAGAAAUCAGAGAAUGUGUUUCAUCCAUUGAAAGUAGCAAAGAGAGUGGUGCUUGUUAGACAUGGACAAAGUACAUGGAAUGCUGAAGGAAGGAUUCAAGGUAGUUCUGAUUUCUCUGUUCUUACUAAGAAAGGUGAGUCUCAGGCUGAGACUUCACGUCAAAUGCUCUUUGAUGAUAACUUCGACGCUUGUUUCUCCAGUCCUUUGGCACGAUCAAAGAGAACUGCUGAAAUCAUUUGGGGAGCUCGUCAAGAACAAAUUAUUCCUGAGUUUGACCUACGGGAAAUUGAUUUGUACUCCUUUCAAGGUUUGUUGAAGGAAGAGGGAAAAAUGAGAUUUGGUCCGGCCUUUCAUCAAUGGCAGGUAGAUGCUUCAAAUUUCAUCAUUGACGGUCAUUAUCCUGUAAGAGAGCUAUGGGAUCGUGCUAGGAACUGCUGGACUAAAAUCCUAGCUCAUGAUAGCAGGUCUGUUCUUGUGGUUGCCCACAAUGCUGUUAAUCAGGCUCUUGUUGCAACAGCAAUUGGUUUGGAAUACGAAUACUUCAGAACUUUACUUCAGAGCAAUUGUGGUGUAAGUGUGUUGGAUUUCACCCCAAGACCGGACGGUGGUUCUCCCCAUAUCUGUCUUAACCGCUUAAACCAGACACCUGGUUCACCUGUUGCCGGAGGGAAAUCUGGAGGUAGAGAGGCAAGUAAGCGGAUUGUUCUUGUUUGUAACGGAUCUACUCAAGGAAAUACAGAGGGUGGUUUUCUUUUUGCCGGUGAUGAACCAUUGAACAUGCUUGGUGUUAUACAGUCUCAGAAAUCUGCAGAACUACUUCUUGAUUUGUCUGUGAGUUCCAUAAUUAGCAGUCCUAGCAAAUCUUGUAUCGAGACAGCCACGGCCAUAUCCCAGGUACAAGAGGCUGCAGAUUGCUUGGGUGCUGACUGCGUGCCACGCUACGUUGAGACAAAGGAAAUGGGGUACCUUGAUAUUGAAGCUAUCUUUAAACAAUCCAAAAUGGAUGUAUCCAGUUUACCGCCAUUUCAGCCUGGAUGGUUAAAUAAAGUUGACGAUGAAUUGCGAACAACAUUAUGGGAUCAGUCUGGAAAUGCCUGGAAAUCCCUGUUGGACGAAAUAUCCGAUGAAUCUAAAUCAGGAGAAGUUAUAGUUGCAGUUUCUCAUCCUGCGAUUCACAUAGGACUACUGGCGCACUGCCUUAAUUUAACGAAGGAAUGGCUGGGAUCAUUUCAUCUUGAUGCAGGAAGCAUUAGCGUCCUUGACUUCCCCGAUGGACCUAAGGGAAACGGCGUAAUCAGGUGCAUAAAUUAUACCGCACACUUAGGGAGAUGGUCCAUCCCUAUUACAAGACCAACAACAGAGGAUGUUGAAGAUUUUUAACUAAAAAUUUAUGAUUCUGAAAUGUCACUCAACACUCGAUUCUAAAUGCAUGCUAGUAAAACCGAAAUCUUUCGAUAUGUGACCUAAAUGCAUUUAUUUUUCUCCUUCCGAGGUUAAGAUAUACAUAGUUUCUUGUUGUGUUUGUAAAGCUUAUCAUAUCUGACACAAACAAUCAUGUAAUUAUUUGAAAGUGCGUGUAAAGCUUAUUAUAUGUUGUUUUCA